GCCUACCUUGGAGUGCUUUUACUUUCAGGCUCGGUGCAAUGAGCAUGCGGCGGCGAGCCACUUACUGGGCUGCGGCUCCCUCCGGCUCUGCUCCCGACCAUGCCAUCCCUCUCUCGAGCAGCUCCACGGCGGAGGAGCCGCGGAACUUGUAGAGGCGCGGCUGCUCCUUCCCGCUGAUCGCUCUCCUCCUCCUCCUCCUUCCGCGGGGUUUACAGCCACCCGGAGUUCUUCUUCUUCUUCUUCUGAAGUACUCCCCCGCCGGGCAUGUGAAGCCCUGAGCAUCAUGCCAGCAAGGUGCACUUUGCUGCUCCAUCGACUCAGCCUCCUUCUGCUCGUGGGGCUGCAGCAGCAGCAGCAGCACCUCUUGGCGGGAUCUUCCCCCCUCGGCUCCCCCUCCUCCUCUCCUUCUUCUUCCUCCUCCUUUGCCUCCACCGAUCGCUCCCAGCAGUUCGCCGCGGCGGGGCCUCAGGGGUCUGCUGCCCCUACCCAGGAGGGACCCUCUUUUACUCUGCUUCCCAGAGAGAAAGGGAGCCCGGAGUCUUCCUCUGCGCCGAGCAGCGUCUGGGAUCCGGCGACAGAAGGACACAGCAGUCCCAGCAAGCCGGUCAUUAUGAACAGCAAAAAGGCAGUGGAUAGUUCAGUCACUGAAACAAGGACUCCCAGCUCUCAGACACACAAUACAGAUGCUUUCAGGACCUUUGUUAAUGGUGAAGGAAGGACCGACAAUAUUUCUGUGUCUACAGCUUCAUUAGUUGCUACCACAUCAUAUACUGAAAUGAUCCAGUCCAGCAGUUUAGCCAAGGACUCAUCUUCAGUGAUGCAGACCAGAAUAGUUGAUGCCUCAUCAAGGACUAUGAAUACUGCUGAACUUGAAACAGUGCGUUCUCCCAAGACACCAGUUUCUUCAUUUUCAGAAGAUUAUAUUCUAGCCACUGGAAGCAGCCACUCUAUAAGUAGCAGCUGGGAUGCUGACAGAACAACAACGGGCUUGCAUACUGAAAGUAUGGACAGCAGUCUAACAACAGUCAGCAGAGGGGAAGGAAAGACUGCACAGUUUCGUACAGACAGUGUCACACAGACUGAUCCGGCAAGAACAGACCUUGCUGCUCAGACGGAAACCACCAUAUCUGAUCAGACCUCGUUCCCGUCUCCUGCAACACUGUCUAGAGGAAGGAGUACCACAUCAAACGCCACAGAGUUUGCUGAGCCUUCAGCACGGACUGUGCUUACCCAUUCUUACUUGUCUCCAAAUAUUGCUGUCGAAAAUAGUGAUCUGGCAAGAAGUAGCUCAAAUACAGAGAAAGGUAUUCCCAGUUCUCACACAGACACCUCGCCUAGUUCAGGUCUACCUGGCAGAGGUGAAGAGAGGACGUUACGAACUCUGAGAGACAUCAGCAGCUUCCAUAAUGCAACACAAAUGUCUAUCACCUCAAACAGUGAGAUAUCUGGCUCUUCUGUACUCACUAAUUCUCCUCAUGUGUUGACUCCACUACUGAGCAGUGAGAGGAACUUGCCAGUGGGGAAGCCUGAUUUCACUGAAGCAGCAGUGCUACAGUCUCAGUCUCCUUCAGACACAACAGCAGUUGGAGAUAAUAAUCAGGAAACAAGCAGUUCAGUUACAGAACAAGGAUUUUCUGGUUCUCACACAGACAGCUUGCCUGUUUCAGGUCCAUCUGAUGGUGGAGACAGGAUGUUACAGACUCUAACAAACUUAAACAGUUCUUAUAAUGCACAACUGCCAACAACCUCUGGUAGUUACAUUUCUAGCACUUCAGGCGUCACUGACUCUUCAUAUGUGUUGAAUCUAGAACUGACCAGUGAGACAAAUUUGUCACUGGGGAACACUGAUUUCACUGAAGCAGCAUUUUUACAUUUCAAGACUCCUUCAGAAACAACAGACCUCAGGAGUAGCCAGCAUACCUUUAGCAACUUCAAUAUAGAAAAAAGGACCACUCUGCCCGAGAGUACAUUUUCUCCUGCCACUCUUGUCGGAAGUGAAGAAGGGAAAUCUCUAACUAAUGGGAGCAAUUCCACAGAUGCAACACAGCCCUCUGCUUUUUAUUUGGAAGAUGUCAGUUCGUCAGAUUUAAUCCAUGCCUCAUCUGCUAUAGCACCAAGUGUAAGAAAUGCUAUCUUAUCAGCAGAGAUGGAUUUCACUGAGUCUUCAAACGAACCUUUGCUUACAUAUUCCUCCAGAAUCUCAGUUUAUUCACCAUCAACAAUAGAUUUUGCGAGCACUGGAAGCAGUCAUCAACCAGCUGAAGUUUCAGAUGGAGAGAGAAGGGUUUCCAGUGCUUCUACAGACAGCCUAUAUUUAUCAGCUACAUUCAGACAUGGUGGAGAGAGGACUUCAAGGUCUCUACCAGAUAAUAGCACAUCUCCUAAUGCAGGAGAAAGCAUCAGUUCUAAUACUGAAGCUGCCAAGUCUUCGGAUUCAACUCUGUCUUCUGUGGCAGAGACAGAUGAACAUAAUAUCUCAUUAAGUGAAGUGCAAUUCACUGAACCUUCUACUAAGCGCUUGCCAGAAUAUUCCUCUGCAGUUCCAGUGUACUCAACUUCAGCAAGGGAGUCGUCAACUGUUGGAAAUUAUCAGAAUUCAUUCAACAGCUCAAGUACUGAAACAAGGGUUUCACAUUCUUAUACAGCGACUGUGCACAGUUCAGUACAACUGAGCACAGGAGAAGAACAAACGUUACAGGCUAUAAUUAAUAGCACAUUGAUUGAAGUAACAGAAAGCACCUCCUUGUACAUGGAAAAAUCCAAAGCCUCAGAACAAAAUCCUUCCCCAUCAGAGGUAUACUCUCAAAGAACGGACUUCUCAGUACAAGACUUUGAUAUCUCUGGACCUUCAACAGAGACUUUUCAAAGUCUCCGCUCAUCAAAAAUACCGACUUAUUCUUCCUUUCAAAGUGAACAUUCAGACACUGGAACUGACUACCAGUCAAUGAGUAGCACUGACACUGGAAAAAGAACCUCUGUUUCUCAUACUGACAGCACACACAUUUCAACCACUUUUACAAGGGGUGGAGAAAGGACAUUACUCUCUAUUCCAAAUAACAGCACAUCAGAAAGUUCUACUUUCUAUGCAGAAAUUUCCAGUCCUUCAGAGUCAGUUCAGCCCUCAUUUUCUGUGACCCAGAGUAGAGGAAGUAACAUGUCAUUAAGUGAUGGGGAUUUCCCUGGACCAUCAACAGAACCUUUGACUAUACAAUCCCUGAAAACACCAGGGUACUCUUCUACAGUGAGUGAGCCACAUACAACUCCAUUUUAUUCAACCUCUGAAUCUACAUCUGCGAGCAGCUUAUUUUCAUCUUCCUCUCCAACAUCACCACAACAGGAUUCACUUCCACCAACACAGCCAACAAUUUUGUUUUCAUCAUCAGAAUCUUCUCCCCCAUCAACACCGCUACCAUCAACCUCUCAAACAACUUUAAUGACAUUUUCACCCAGGUUGUUACCAACACCACCACCCACACUACCUCCAUUUUCCUCUUUAUUGCCUUCACUCUCUUCUACAUCCCCAUUGUUACAGUCUAAUGAAAGUUUUGAAACCAGUGUCUCUAUGGCUGCAUCUGAAGGGACAACUGGAGUAGAUCCAUCCAUAUCUGGGAAUUCCCACAGUGAGUACAACAGUCAGACUGGGACAUAUCCAUUGAAAGAUAGCACUGGUCUGAGGUCAACAGGUUCUUCUCCUCUUCUGACUGAAACUACUGAACAGUUUAUAAACUAUUCUUCACCUGUGACCAUCUCCCUUAGGGAAACCAAGAGUUCAAGAGAGCAAAACUUUACUCUUCCAGGGACAAAUCUUGAAAAAACUAUUCCUGUUUUGACCACAUCUCCAACAUAUUUGUCUGAAGGUACUACAGUUGCCAAGACAGCAAAAGCAACAACUAGUAUGUUUCCAACUACAGCCUCUCAAAAAGAUGUCUUUAGUUUGGUGGAAGUAACAACAGGAGAAAAACUUACAAAGAUGACACAUACAACAUUAGGAUUGACUACUUGGACAUCAAGCACAAAUAAUCCAGUCACUACAAAACCACACAAAGUUCAUUCUCCCUCUUCUACUAAGGUAUCUUAUUCUUCUGGAACACCCUUGAAAGAGAUGGAAACGAGCCGAACAACUAGUGUUAAAGUCACAGCAUACAGAAUCCCUACUAUGGAUCCUCCCAGAAUGUUUUCUUCUAGCAAAACCACAAUAGGGCCUUUUCCUGCUUCGCCAGUUCCCACCAAAUCAACUAUGACUACAUCAUUAGGAAGUCCAAAAACAUCUGCAGUUUCCCAUGGAAAUGCCAAUGCGUGUACCACAGAUACUUGUCUUAAUAAUGGGAAAUGCAUUAUAGAUAGGUUGACAGGCAAAAUCCAGUGCCAGUGUUCAUCUGGUUGGCAAGGAGAAGACUGCAGCUCAGAUAUAGAUGAGUGUCUGUCUAACCCGUGCCCUGCCUUGGCCACAUGUACUAACACACACGGGUCAUUCCAGUGUAUGUGUUCCUUUGGCUACUGGAUGGAAAAAGGACAGUGCAAUUUAGUAAGAACAUUUGUGGGCCAGUUUCCAUUAACAUUUAACACAACUGGAGGGAAAUACUCAGAACUUCAUCAGGUUGAAGAAGCUCUAAUGAACAUGCUGAACAAUUCUCUUGCAACAUUGCCUGGCUAUUACAGUUCAACUGUUAAAGCAUCAAGGGAGGCAGGUAACAUCCAAGUUUCUGUCCAGAGCACCUUUUCUUUGGUCUCCAAUGUCACCCUUUUUGAUGUUACCAGUGCUGUGCGAAGCCAUAUCCGGGCCUGCAAAGUUCCCAAAGAGAAUUGCCAGUUCCUGUCUAAUUUUACACAGCUUCACAGAGUUGGAGGUCUGUGUAAACACAAAGAUCCGGAAUGCGACAAAGAAACUUCUGUGUGCCUGGACUUGGAUGGCAUUGCGGUUUGCCAGUGCAAGCCUGGAUACUUCAAAUACAACAAACUGGAUCACUCCUGCAGAGCUUGUGAAGAUGGGUAUAAACUUGAGAAUGGCACUUGUGUGAGUUGCCCAUUUGGACUGGGAGGAUUCAACUGUGGGAAUCCUUAUCAGCUAAUCACCAUUGUGAUUGCAGCUGCUGGAGGUGGACUUCUGCUCAUCAUGGGAAUAGCUCUCAUAGUCACAUGCUGCCAGAAGAACAAGAAUGACAUAAGCAAACUCAUUUUCAAAAGUGGAGACUUCCAGAUGUCACCAUAUGCUGAAUAUCCCAAAACCCCUCGAGCUCAGGACUGGGGGAGAGAAACCAUCGAAAUGCAAGAGAAUGGAAGCACCAAAAACCUAUUACAAAUGACAGAUGUUUACUAUAUGCCAGCCAAUCUAAGGAACCCUGAACUAGAAAGAAAUGGAGUCUAUCCUCCCUACACCGGCUUGCCAGGUUCCCGACACUCCUGCAUCUAUCCUGGACAGUACAAUCCUUCCUUCAUUAGCGAUGACAGCAGAAGAAGAGACUAUUUUUAACAGAAUCAUAGAAGGAAGUUGGAGAAGGGGAAUUUCAUGCUACUUGUUUCCUGUCAUUAGACAACUCCGAUGGUGUCACAACAGCAUGCAGAAAGGGGACGUUGAACCCUUGAAGAGCACUGAACAGCGUUUCCUGAAAGGAGCCAUUCCUAGCUGUUGUUGAACAGCAAAGAGAAGGCAGGGGGAAAGAGCGGGCCAACUUGCAGGUUGUUCAGAAAAGCAAGCAAAAUGCUGCAUGGAGUUUCCGUGCGUGUUCUGCGUGGUUCCGCGCCACUAAUUGUGGCACAUAACAUGAAUUUGAUAAUAGAGCACUAAAGCAAAACUAACCAACACUGUGGCUGACACUCAAAAUCUAAUACCACUAGGGUGUGUUGUGUUUACAGAUAGUUAUCUAGUGCUGUGUUUGUAUUGCCUACUUGGCCAACCUUUUGUGCAAAGCUGCCUUGAGUGAACAUUAUGGAAAAAGCCUUUCUCCGUCACCGGGUAUCUGUUAAUAGGUACUAGUGGGGUGCCCACCAAAAUGGAGGGGAUGUGUACAGGCAGGUGACCUAAAGGCAAGGGAGACCUUGUGUAACUGGCAGAGUCCAGAGGUGGUUUUUUUCCAAGAGAAGAUGUCCUCCUGUUUCUUCCUGAUCUACCUGUCAAUCAGUUGUAUUGAUUUAGUGAUAAUCCUGCUUAUUGCUGCUCUCUGUUUCCCCCUAUUCAUUCCCGACCGUUCAUUUCCUUGAAUGUUACAAAUGGCAGUCAUUCCCCUCUACCCAUGCUUUCUUCAACCACAGCUGUUCUUUUCAUCUGACCUCUUGCUGUAUUGGUUAUGUAUGGCAUUCUCAUACAAUACCAUUUUGCAAACAAAUUUUUCUGUCUUUUCCCUGCUAAAAUGUUGGGAGUUUGUUUUCUCAGUUCAAAAGGUGAGGGUUGGUCACAGCAAAUACUGUUGUGCGCGUACCAGUAUAUUUGGAUUUACACAUUCUGAAAUUUUGGACCAGAAGAUAUUUUGAGGUCCUCCUGAAUCAUCACUGGAUUCUGGCAGAUAUUAUAUAACAUACUGCCAGAGUGUACCCUCAAAUUCAGUUGGGAUAUUGGUUGAAUUUCGCCACUAACUGUUCAAUACACUUCAAAUCAACAAAAUGUUCAAUUUUAGCUUCCCUUUAUCAGAGUGCUGCCGCCGCCACCAAACUUACCUCUGAGAGAGGGUAAAUUCAUACAACUGGUUUAAAUGGCAACCAACUAGUCUAUCAGCUCUGGCCUUCCUUACCAUUGGCAAGAUGGUGACCCUUGAGAAAUUAUGGAGAAUAGCAAUUUUACGUAUUCAAGCAAAUGAGGGAUUACUGUAGUUGCCAUUUGCAAACUGGAACAUGAGACGCACCCUAAGUAGCUUGAGGCUUAGCUAAGGCAUCUUUCAGACGCAGACACUGCAUGUCCAUGGCUGAAGCAGCCAGAUAACAUUGCAUCCUGUUGUGAGGGAAUUGUCAUCUAUUAGCACUUAAACUCCAUGUUACUUGUAAAUUUUAAUAUUUCUAAAGCAGCCUUUAGUAAUAUUACUAAAGCUCGACUGUAGCUUUCCCUUCUCUGUGGAGGAAAGUCAUGCUACUGUCACAGAUAACUAUUGGAUGGUGUCUGGGACUUGUUAUACAAGGCAUCUCAAAUCUGCCUCAUGCCACUUUGAAAAUGUCCAAAAAUAUGCAUCUUCUCCUCUUUGCUCUCUUCAGCAGCCAGGUGCUUAAUGACUACAGCACUCAACUGCAUACUCCUCACUAUUUGGGGAGGUUGGAAUCAUUUCUCAAUUUUUGGCAAGAACAGCCUCUUUGCCUUUCAUAACUUGAAGAAAAUGAAUUGGAUUAUGGCCACUGCCAGUACAACUCUAGUGAUCUCGUGUUGCUAUCUGUGAAACCGAUCAGAGAGGAGUCUGAGGGACCACGAGUACUCAUUUGUUGCUAAACCUUGCACGUUCCUAUUGUCCAUUGCAUUUACUGAUGGCAGACGGGGGGGGGGGGGAGAGACACAACCCCAAGUUUUGUCCUGAUCAGACUUUGAUACCUGAAUGUUCUAAAGAGGGUGCGGUGUUCUGAGAGGAGAACUUUGAACAGUGUUUGUACAGGAAGCUGGCAGGAAUGACUGAAUGAUGAAUGCAAUGCAACUUAUUUAUGAAUUACUUUGAGGAAGGGGUGACUAGUGAGAGGUCAAGUUUGAAGAUUAUGCUAUAGCAUUUGGAAAAGGAAAGUCUGAAGCAGGUUUUCUUAACCUUGGGCCCCCAGAUGUUUUUGGACUACAAUUUCCAUCAUCCUCAGCCACAAAGGCCAUAUCUGGGGAUGAUGGAAGUUGUAGUCCAACAACAUCUGGGGGCCCAAGGUUAAGAAACCCUGGUCUAAAGCAGUCUAUACCACCUGUGUGUUUCAAGCCGGGCAACAGAAUGAAGAUCUGAAUGAGAUACAAGUUUUAACUUGUCCAGCACUUUGUCUUCCCAGGUGGCCAACACAAAGGGAAAAGGGCCACACCCUUCAAAGAAAUCACAAAAAGGAAGAAGGGAUCCAAGGGUACAGAAUAAAGCAAGACAUGAUGGGUUCAGCUAAGCCCUGUUUGUCCUCAGCAUCUGGUAUUCCAAAGAGCUUCAUCUUUCAAUACAGAGGCUACUUGCUAUUGAGACACCUAUCAUCUGCAAACUUGUCUUAUAAAGUCAUUAGACAGUCUAACUUGGAUUAAAGUAAGCAGGCACCUUCCUGUCUUUCCCGUCUCCUGCCUCCAUUCAGAAGAUGUGGCGGAAGGCACAGGGGAGCACACACACCACGUCAGUGGCAGAGGAGAGGGCGAGGGGGAGAGCCAAGUCAGGGCACACCAGCAGGGUCUGUGUGGGCUGCCUGUGGCCUGAGGCUGAUCAGUGAAGAAUACUCUUCGAACAGAUGUUGGUUGACAUCCAGACUAAUGCUGCAUUAGUGGAAACAUGUUGUACUCGCGAGCUCAGCUAAAUCGACAGCUCAUGUUGCAGGCGAAUGCUGCGCUAGUGCAACAGGAUGCACGUGCACAGCCUGUGGUACACCUCCUGCUGUGGACCAUUUUCCUUCGUGUUGCAGGGAAUUAUGCAAAGUUCUCUACUGUGCUUGCUGUGCCAACACGACGUCUGCACGAGCAGACCCACAGCACACGAGAUUGAGGAACUCUGAACAUCUGCUCAGCAACGCGACCUUGUGUGGGUCCACCUUUGUUUGCAGCCUUAGUGCAGCAGCAGCUGGUCAGUGCAGUCAGCUCUAAUGGAUCUCAUUGUGCCAACCAUCUGCUCAGAGUGCGUGCGCACACAGGAAUCCACAUGUAGCGGCAUGGGAACAACCCACCCCUUUUGUAUGAGGGCCUGUUGAUGAGGAUCUUUGACUUGGCACAAAACCCCAACUCUUAGAGGCCCACUUUUCUAGGAAACGUUCAGUUCAGCUCCUCAGUUCAGCUGAUAAAACUGUUGCCAGAUUCCACUGGACUGCUUCAGGCUUUCAGUCACAUCUAGGCACUUAGGGAUUUUUCACAGUAGAUGCUCGGCACCCUCAGCAAAUUCCAGUUCCCAAGAUGCUGUAGAGAACACCAUGACAGUUAAAUUGGCAUAUAAUUUAUACUCUUUUGGGGGGGUGUAAAUAUACUCUUUAAAAUAUACAUAAUGUUACACCCCCCCCCCCCAGUGCAGGCUGAAUAGAGUACCAUUGUGAUGUCAAAUGAACCAAUUAAACAAGCAACAAGACCAGACACUUCCCAGUAUCACAGGGAACCAAAAUGAUACAUUAUUUUAUUUAAUAGAAAUGACUGACUCCAGUUUGGCUGAAUCUAACCAUUUUAAAAUACGUUAUUUUAUGUGAUAUGUGUGCUCUCUUUUUUAAUCUGCUGACCAUGACAGUUUUGAAUCUGUGUUAAAUAUCCUUUUUUAUGAGGCAAAGCUUGAAAUCUUUUGACACUGUAGUGUUUUGAAAAAAGAGCGGCUCUGAGACUAAUUGCACUUGUGCAGUGUAAGACCCUCCAGCAGAAUUUUCUCCUGUGUGGCAUAUGCAAAAGAUUGUAACUGAAAUGGUCAUAUGUUGGAAUCCUUAUUCUUGCUAAAUUAUUAUUAAGGACCUUGAGAGAUCCUUUGAGAGAGAAAGAGAGUGGGAGUGAGAGUUCAUUGUUUCAUAGGAAAGGCCUAUGGAAUGUGAAAGAACACUUAUGAAAUCUUAUAAGGCUUAUUGGAGAGUUAUAUCUCUGUUACAUGAUUCUGUGGAAAGUCUGAAUAGAAAUGACUGUACACAACAAAGUUGUUGUUGUUUGCUUUCUUCCAUCCCAAAGGAAAAAUGCUGAGGAAUUUAAUCUACAAACAGAAAAUCAUUCUCCUUUUUACCACUGUCCCAGCUGCCUUUCAAAUGGCGUCUGAUAUCUACCAUCUCUUUCAAAUGCGAAGGAUGCAGCCUUGCUCUGUGUCUUCAUCAUGACUCUGAAUGUACAGUCAGUUGACUUGUGAUUAUGUAUUGUACAUUGUUCUGGAUUUCAGCUUUGCAUAUCUGUGAACAUAACUUCUGAGUUUUGUUUAUUUUAAUUUCUGAGCACAGUGUUAUUUAAAGUUGUAUCUCAUGUGCAACCUCCACUAAUUAUACAGUACUGUAGUUGCAAAGUAUCAUUUUUAAGGAUUGGAUUAUUUUUAUACCAGCAUCCAACAUGUUAUAAAUCUGGCGUUCUAGUCAGUAUGAUAAAAGGAUACAAUAAAAGUAUUAAUAAUAUGCUGAA